UUUGUGGAGUGUGGGUGCGUGGUCUGUCUCUCUGUCUUGCACAUAGAGACCAUAACUUCCCUGCCCAAUUUGAGCGCGUGGGGUGGGGGGGGAGCUGGCAGGGACACAGGCUGCGGAGAUGCCCGGCUUCCUGUGGUUCCGGGCACAGAGCGCCCCUGUCUGCAUUGAGCUGACACCAGAUAGCAAGUGGGGAUUUUCCUAGUUGCUGAAGAUAUUUGACGUUGCUAUAGUUUUGUGCUUACUUCUCUUGGGAUCUGCAGUGGUGCACAAUUCUCCCCCUUGUUUUUAUUUUUUUCUCUUUGAAAAGAUAACAAGGCUGUGUUCAGCAGAAAUGUAAACAGGACGAGCAGCCUAGUUCAAAGACUAAGGGAGGCAUCUUCUCUCUUUUCCUGGGAUUUAAACGCGAUUUAGGAGGGCAGAUGCCCUACCUGAAAAGGCCAGACUUUAAAGACUCAGGCAGUGUCGCGGUCCAAGGCGUCUCAAAGCAGGUGGCCAGAUCUGCAUUUCUCAUCAGCGGACUCGCUCCGGCUGUGGCUAUUACGGAAUUGAUGCGCGUACACGUGGUGGGUCAUUAUGCUGCUGCACCUGUGUAGUGUGAAGAAUCUGUACCAGAACAGGUUCUUAGGCCUGGCUGCCAUGGCAUCUCCAUCCAGAACCUCCCAGAAUCGACGCCGGUGCAAGGAGCCACUCCGUCAUAGCUACAACCCCGGCCAGUUCCACAGCAUGGCCAUCAGGAACGGCCCCCAUGGCACCGUCACCAUCCCCCGCUCCACCAGUGACACUGACCUGGUCACCUCGGACAGCCGCUCCACGCUCAUGGUCAGCAGCUCCUACUACUCCAUAGGGCACUCACAGGACCUGGUGAUCCACUGGGACAUCAAGGAGGAAGUGGAUGCUGGAGACUGGAUUGGCAUGUAUCUCAUCGAUGAGGUCUUGUCAGAAAACUUUCUGGACUAUAAGAACCGUGGAGUCAAUGGUUCUCAUCGGGGCCAGAUCAUCUGGAAGAUUGAUGCCAGCUCUUACUUUGUGGAACCUGAAACUAAGAUCUGCUUCAAAUACUACCACGGUGUGAGUGGAGCCCUGCGAGCCACCACCCCCAGUGUCACAGUCAAAAACUCCGCAGCUCCUAUUUUUAAAAGCAUUGGCUCUGAUGAGACUGUCCAAGGCCAAGGAAGUCGGAGGCUGAUCAGCUUUUCUCUCUCAGAUUUCCAGGCCAUGGGGUUGAAGAAAGGGAUGUUUUUCAACCCAGACCCUUACCUGAAGAUUUCCAUUCAGCCUGGAAAGCACAGCAUCUUCCCUGCCCUCCCACACCAUGGACAGGAGAGGAGAUCCAAGAUCAUAGGCAACACUGUGAACCCCAUCUGGCAGGCCGAGCAAUUCAGCUUUGUGUCCUUGCCCACUGAUGUACUGGAAAUUGAAGUGAAGGACAAGUUUGCUAAGAGCCGCCCCAUCAUCAAGCGCUUCUUGGGAAAGCUGUCGAUGCCCGUCCAAAGACUCCUGGAAAGACACGCCAUAGGGGAUAGGGUGGUCAGCUAUACACUGGGCCGCAGGCUUCCAACAGAUCAUGUGAGUGGACAGCUGCAAUUCCGGUUUGAGAUCACUUCCUCCAUCCACCCAGAUGACGAGGAGAUUUCCCUGAGCGCCGAUCCCGAGUCCGCGGAAACUCAGGACAGCCCCAUGAACAGCCUGGUGGCCAGCAGCCGCGGGGAGCCUGCGGGCGAGGCCCUGGAGCCUUCCGGGAGCUCGGAGCCCGAGCCGUCGAGCCAGGACGGUGCCGGCGACGCUGCCGGGAGCGAGAGCCUGGAGCCUGCCGAGCCGGUUGAGGAAGCGGCAGGUACCACCGAGGCAGGAGACGACGGCGCGGGCUCUGUGGGACCUGACGGGGCUGGGGAGCUUCUGGGCCCGGGGCGCGAGGACGCCGAGCCAGCCCUGAGUGCGGAAGAACUGGCCCAGCGGCUGGAGCUGGGGGGGGAGGCGCCCCCGCCGGGGCUGCUGGAGGACGGCGAAGCCCGGGGCAGCCCCGGGGAGCCGGAGGCGGAGGAAGCGGCCGCAGAGAGCCGCGCGGGGGGAGAGGAGAAGGAGCAGGCCGAGGAGGAGGAGGAGGGCGACCUGUCUGCCCUGGGGCAGGGGGAGGACAGGCUGCCGCUGCGGGCCUCCGUGAAGAGGAAAAGCAGGCCGUGCUCCCUGCCGGUGUCCGAGCUGGAGACGGUGAUUGCGUCCGCGUGCGGGGACCCCGAGACCCCGCGGACACACUACAUCCGCAUCCACACCCUGCUGCACAGCAUGCCCUCCGCCCAGGGGGGUGACGACGGCCCGGAGGAGGAGGCCACCCUCCAGGAUGCCUCGGAGAAGGACGGGCUUAGCGAGGUGGACACGCUUGCCGCUGCGCCACCUCCCCUCGGGGAGGAUGGAGAGGGACCCGAGGGGGCCACUCCAGACACGGCGACCCCGGGCCACUCCGGCUUGACCAACGGCGUCGUCCCGGAUGGCGACUUGCUGCCCAGCACGGGGAGUGAGAGCGACUCGAGCCCCCGGCAGGGCGGGGACCACAGCUGCGAGGGCUGUGACACGUCCUGCUGCAGCCCGUCCUGCUACAGUUCCUCGUGCUACAGCACGUCCUGCUACAGCAGCUCCUGCUACAGCGCCUCCUGCUACAGCCCCUCCUGCUACAACGGCAGCAGGUUCGCCAGCCACACGCGCUUCUCCUCCGUGGACAGCGCCAAGAUCUCCGAGAGCACUGUCUUCUCCUCGCAAGACGACGACGAGGAGGAGAACAGUGCGUUCGAGUCUGUGCCAGACUCGGUGCAGAGCCCGGAGCUUGACCCGGAGUCGGCCAACGGGGCCGGGCCGUGGCACGACGAGCUGGUCACCCCCGCCGGGAGCGUGGCAAGAACCGUGGAAGGUCUGGAGUCCCCCGUGGCAGGGCCAAGCAAUCGGAGAGAAGGUGAAUGUCCUAUACUCCAUAAUUCCCAGCCAGUAAGCCAGCUUCCUUCCUUGAGACCUGAACAUCAUCACUACCCAACAAUCGAUGAGCCUCUUCCACCAAACUGGGAAGCUCGCAUUGACAGCCACGGGCGGGUCUUUUAUGUGGACCACGUGAACCGCACAACCACAUGGCAGCGUCCGACAGCAGCAGCCACCCCUGAUGGAAUGCGGAGAUCGGGGUCCAUCCAGCAGAUGGAGCAGCUCAACAGGCGGUAUCAAAACAUUCAGCGAACCAUUGCAACAGAGAGGUCGGAAGAAGAUUCUGGCAGCCAGAGUUGUGAGCAGGUCCCGGCAGGAGGCAAUGGAGGAGGUGGUGGGAGCGACUCAGAGGCUGAAUCUUCUCAGUCAAGUUUAGAUCUGCGGAGAGAAGGGUCACUUUCUCCGGUGAAUUCACAAAAAAUCACCUUGUUGCUGCAGUCCCCAGCGGUGAAGUUCAUCACCAACCCCGAGUUCUUCACUGUACUACAUGCCAAUUAUGGUGCCUACCGAGUCUUCACCAGUAGCACCUGCUUAAAGCACAUGAUUCUGAAAGUCCGGCGGGAUGCACGCAAUUUCGAACGCUACCAGCACAACCGUGACUUGGUGAAUUUCAUCAACAUGUUUGCAGACACGCGGCUGGAACUGCCCCGGGGCUGGGAGAUCAAAACGGACCAGCAGGGAAAGUCUUUCUUCGUGGACCACAACAGUCGAGCUACCACUUUCAUUGACCCCCGAAUACCUCUUCAGAACGGGCGUCUCCCCAACCACCUGACCCACCGACAGCACCUGCAGAGGCUUCGGAGCUACAGCGCUGGAGAGGCUUCAGAAGUCUCUAGAAACAGAGGAGCCUCUUUACUGGCCAGGCCAGGACACAGCCUAGUAGCCGCUAUUCGAAGCCAACACCAACACGAGUCAUUGCCACUAGCAUAUAAUGACAAGAUUGUGGCAUUUCUUCGCCAACCAAACAUUUUUGAAAUGCUGCAAGAGCGUCAGCCAAGCCUGGCGAGAAACCACGCACUCAGGGAGAAAAUCCAUUACAUUCGGACUGAGGGUAAUCACGGGCUUGAAAAGUUGUCCUGUGAUGCAGAUCUAGUCAUUUUGCUGAGUCUCUUUGAAGAAGAGAUUAUGUCCUACGUCCCACUGCAGGCUGCCUUCCUCCCCGGGUACAGCUUCUCUCCCCGCUGUUCACCCUGUUCCUCACCUCAGAACUCCCCAGGCUUACAGAGAGCCAGUGCAAGAGCCCCUUCACCCUACCGGAGAGACUUUGAAGCCAAGCUCCGAAAUUUCUACCGAAAAUUGGAAGCCAAAGGAUUUGGUCAGGGUCCAGGGAAAAUUAAGCUCAUCAUUCGUCGGGACCAUUUGUUGGAGGGAACCUUCAAUCAGGUGAUGGCCUAUUCCCGGAAGGAGCUUCAGCGAAACAAACUCUACGUCACCUUUGUUGGAGAGGAGGGCCUGGACUACAGUGGUCCUUCGCGAGAGUUCUUCUUCCUUUUGUCUCAGGAGCUAUUCAACCCUUACUACGGACUCUUUGAGUACUCUGCAAAUGACACCUACACAGUGCAGAUCAGCCCCAUGUCCGCGUUUGUGGAAAACCAUCUUGAAUGGUUUAGGUUUAGUGGUCGUAUCCUAGGCCUGGCUUUGAUCCAUCAGUACCUUCUUGAUGCCUUCUUCACAAGGCCCUUCUACAAGGCACUUCUGAGACUGCCCUGUGAUCUGAGCGACCUGGAAUAUCUGGAUGAGGAGUUCCACCAGAGUUUGCAGUGGAUGAAGGACAACAAUAUCACAGAUAUCCUAGACCUCACGUUCACUGUUAACGAAGAAGUUUUUGGACAGGUAACGGAGAGGGAGUUAAAAUCCGGAGGGGCCAACACCCAGGUGACGGAGAAGAACAAGAAGGAGUACAUCGAGAGGAUGGUGAAGUGGCGGGUGGAACGUGGUGUGGUACAGCAGACCGAGGCCCUGGUACGGGGCUUCUGUGAGGUUGUAGACUCGAGGCUUGUCUCCGUGUUCGACGCCAGGGAGCUGGAGCUGGUGAUAGCUGGCACGGCGGAGAUCGACCUGAACGACUGGCGGAAUAACACGGAGUACCGGGGAGGUUACCACGACGGGCAUCUUGUGAUCCGCUGGUUCUGGGCCGCCGUGGAGCGCUUCAAUAACGAGCAGAGGCUGAGGUUACUUCAGUUCGUCACGGGAACGUCGAGUGUGCCCUAUGAAGGCUUUGCAGCCCUCCGGGGAAGCAAUGGGCUCCGGCGCUUCUGCAUAGAGAAGUGGGGGAAGAUUACCUCUCUCCCCAGGGCACACACGUGCUUCAACCGACUGGAUCUUCCACCGUAUCCCUCAUACUCCAUGUUGUAUGAAAAGCUGCUCACGGCAGUAGAAGAAACCAGCACCUUUGGACUUGAAUGAGGACCUGGAAACUCACCUGACAUUUUCCUGGGAUGAUCCCCGUGCCCUUUCCCUAAAUCAACUCUCCUUUGAUUUUUGGUAUCCCAUGAUUUUUAUUUUCAGACCAAAUCAGGAUUGACAAAAGCUGUGCAUGAAGAACUGCCUUCUUCUGAGAUCCAACCUUCAGGCUUAUCUCCUCUAUUCUCGAUGAACUGCUAGCCUGUAUGCAAUAUUAAACAGCAGCCAUCUCAAGGUCUGUGUGUAUCUCCACAUACCUCCAUUACUAACAGUGAAAUAGGAAUGCAAACUAUGCUACACUUGACCAAAUGGUAAUCAAAGUUUACUUCCAUUUAUAUAAUUUUAGGGAAAUUUGAGCAUUAAGCAUUCCGAGCUUUUAUACGCCCAUGUCUUCUUCUGAGCAGAGCCACCAUUUUUUUAUAAUUUCUAACAACCAACUCCAGGUCUAGGAGCCAAUCAACAAUUUCUUUUCCUCCCACUCUCCUUUUGCCCCACGCAUACCAUCCAUCCAGAAACAGCAGUGGCAAAGCUGAAAUUUUUAUACGUUCAACUCAUGAGUCCUGUGUGGCAUCAGUCCCAUCAGCUGGAACUGGCCUUAGACAUAUGGUGCAAAUACCACACUUUCCAACAAGUAACAACAAUGGGAAAAACGCCCCCUGCUGAUGCAACAUAGUGUAUCUCGUUGGUUGUGGGGAUUGUGGCUUAGCCUGAGUUUAGAGAAGUCCAGGAGGGGCACAGCCCCCGUGAACACUCACCACCAAGAAGCAGAAGCUUGUGCACAUGAAGGAGAUCUCAUUACGUAGCCUGAAGCCCGAGGCUUCCACCCCCAUGGUGAUGUGCAGUAGAACGUGACAGAGCGAGCAGGAGAGAGGGAAGAAGGCCACGUUAGGUUGGUUUGAAUACCGGGGUUCUAUUCUGUUUUCCUUUGCUUUGCUCUGUUUGGCCAAGCUAUGGUUCUCCUUCGCAAAGGGAAAAGAAAACGUAAAGAUCAUCUCAUGGCUUUUGUUAAAGGGAAAUGGCAAACAGACUUUUGUUUUAACUUUGAUGUUGUUAUUUUCAUGCUGCUUUUUUUUUUUAACUUUUCUUUGCUGUGGUGUUCGAAUUCCUUCACAUCGGAUUGUCCACGGGGACACGUUAAACGAGAAGCUGCAGAGAGUGAUGGUGCUUGUUCGGGGUCAAGGGCAAUAUAAUAUUCCUCCUUCGUCCGCAGCAAUCCUCCUGGAGCGGACACCUAACACCCCAAAGGCACGUAGUUUUGUCAAAAUAAAUAUCCAGUUUCUUUCACCGCUCAGUGAGGAGAUAGCUCAGAAAACUCAAGUGUUUUCAGAAAAACAGUUGCCGGCUCCAGAGACAGACUAACCUCUUGAUUACAUUUGGAAUAAGCCUAAACUUAAUGGUCAUUUCUAUUUUUCUAACCUUGUUAUCCGUGUUGUCUGAAAUAUGUCAUAAGUGAAAGUGUUUUUCUUUACUGGGAAAAGAAGAGCUAAAGGCCCCUCCCCCACUGUUGAGAUGUCACAUUGUUACUUCUAAUAUAUUAAACAAGGGAGAAGUGUGAGAAAUGAAAUGUAAGACAGAGUUAAUCCCACAGGAAGCCAUGCCUUGUGCUCAUGGUAUCAGUGUGUGUCCAGGCACUACAUUAUGUUUCCUGGGCUCCAAAAGGAAACUUCUUCUAGUAAGAAUUCUUUAUAAUGCACCCCUGGCUGCUGUGUAUCCAUAGUCAAUCAGGAAAUAAUAUGUUACAGAAGUUGAGCUUUCUGUUGUUGUCUGAAAAGAAUAUUUACCAAGAUAAGAUGGAAUGUGUAAGUCACAUAACAUAAAUUUGGGGGAUCUAUAAAAUUCAGUACACAUUUCCGUAUCUGAAAAGUUAUGGGUUCCAAGGGAGCUAUUAUUUAUAGAAUAAUGCACAUCAUCUCACCAUUUUACCUCUUUGAACAGCAUCUCUAGCAUAGGGGGCAUCUUUCAUUUUUAGAACUUGGUGUUAUCCAUGUGUAAAUACUCUUAAUUCAAUCACUUGAUUCCUUUUUUAGUACUUACCUUAUUUGUUAGGCAUUGGCAAGGGAGGAAGGUGUUCAAAAGACGGAACAGGCUCCUGGGGAGCUUUGCAAUUUACACAAAUAUCUAAUUAACAUAUUAAUUAGAUUCCUUGAUACCCAUUCUACCCAUACACAGAAGGAACGAGGUAUCCUAGGAAAUAUACAGAGGUAGAUAUCUUGGACAUGAAUGGUUUGUCAACUAAGUUUUCCUUCUUCCUGUUCCCCCUCCUCCCACUGGAUGCCCUGACUCUAAAUGUAUCCCACAAAGCUUUGCAGGAUCAGUAUUUCGUAAAAAUAUAAAAUUCCAAGAAGAAGUACCGAUGUCAAAGUCAGCUGAAAGGAUGCAAAGUUUGCUUAACAGGGUCCCAGAUUCUGUGACAGCCUCGCGUAGAAUCCUGAAGGAAGGUAAACAAAGAGAAAAGCAGUACAUACAGUUGUUAUGGAAAGAUCCUAUGAUUUCUCUAUGUUCCAAGUGAUGCUUCUUUAGCUAUUACUCACUAAUAUAUGAGGCUAGAAUACAUGAAAAUCGUGUGUGUCUAAUUAUGCCAUUAAUUCCACCAACUGGAGGUGUGAGCAUCCCCCAAUCAUAUGAUACAACCAGCGAGGCAGAUCUGUUUUGUUACCACUAUAUUUUCUUUUUUCAUUUAAAGUAUGAGUUUUCUCCAUGGAGACAUAUAAUAAUAUCAAUCACUUAACAAACCACCAUUCCCCUAAAACACGACCUUUUAGAGCUAGUUCUGGUAAGAGUGUAUUAAGCUUAAUUGGGGAACAAACAACAAUUAAUAAGAGAAAACAUAUAUUUCAAGUAGAAAAAUACUUGUAAAAUGCUAUGAAGUAUUAUAAUUUCAUGGAUAGGACAUUUUAUUGUAUCAUACAAAGACAGAAACUGCCUCUGCUGGGUCAGGAGUUCUUCAUAGCUUCCUGUGUAUGGAAGUUGGCAGCAGUUAUGAGAACUUUUUUUACUACCAUCGUAGCACAAUUGUUUAAAGGGCAAUGAGGAAAUUGAGAAAAAGAGAAAAGGGAUCCUUUGGCAGAUUUUUAAAUCUUUUUUCUCUUUUAAUACAUGACCAUAUGUCUAUUAAUGGUAAGUAUCUUUGUGUGGCAAGUUGAUAAGCCAGAAUUUCCAGAACAAUUCUAAUGUUCCAACUAUGAUAUUUGUCAGUCCAUGUGUCAAACCAUGUGUCCAAAAUUUGGGUUCAAAAAAUUUCUCAGUUGCCACAAAUGUUUUCCCAGUCAAGAUGAAACACUUUCAAAUGAAAGUAGUUAGAACUUUACAUAAAAAAUGUGGUGCUUUAUUAUUAU